AUGGCCGUUGACCAGUUGAUUAAACAAGGUGAUGACAGUGUAAGUAAGAAAGAUUACUUGACUGGUAUAUCAUAUUACACCAAAGCUUUGAACGAGAAUCCCAAAGCCUUCCAAGCUUACUUGAAGAGAUCAAUUGCUUACCAGAGAUUCAAAAACUUUGAUAGAGCUAAAUUUGAUGUAUCUGAAGCUUUCACAAUUGCUGAAGAAAGGGGAAGAAGAGGUGAAAUUGCCGAAUGUUAUUACAGGUUAGGGAUAAUAUACUAUUCAGAAAAGGACUUUGAACCUUCAUUAUUGAAUUUUCAAAAGGCAGAUGAGUACGGAUGUAAAGAACCAGCUUUACAAUCAUGGAUAUUGAAAUGUAAGAAGGAUACCAAAAAAGAUGAUACACAAUCAGUGAAAGAGAACAUCAAUGAAGAAAUUACCAAAGAACCAAUUGUACAAGAUAAGAAAGACGAAGCCAAAGUGGUUGCUACAGAAGACACCAUACCAGUUGACAAUAAAUCCACCAGUUUGGGGGAAAUAUCUAAACAUGCUCCUUUAAAGGUCAAAAUCAGAGAAGAUUGGUAUCAAACUACCGACGAUGUUAUUAUCACUAUUUACGCAAAGAAUAUCAAAAAAGAAGACUUCUCAAUUGAGUAUGGCGAUAGAUCAGUUAGUGUUUCAUUUCCUAGUGGACCUGGAUCAGAGUAUAAUUACAAUUUGGAUCCAUUAUUUGCUUCCAUUGAUAGUGAAAAAUCAUCAUUCAGGGUCUUUGGUACUAAAAUUGAAAUCUACUUAGUCAAAAAAGAGAAGUUCCAAUGGAAAUCUUUGGAAGGUUCUGAUGAGCCUGACACAGUUGUAAGACCUAAUAAAUCCGAGGAAAAUAACGGAGGUUUAACAUAUCCUACUUCAUCUAAAAAGUCCAUCAACUGGGCAAAUUUCAAAAUUGAUGAUGAUGAUGAAGGAGAAAAGAAUGAAAAUGAAUUCUUUUCCCAAUUGUUCAAAGAUACUGACGAAGAUAGUAGAAGAGCUAUGAUGAAAUCGUACGUACAAUCGAACGGAACUGUCUUGACCACCAAUUGGGAUGAGGCCAAAGACAAAACUUUUGAUACUUCACCUCCCGAAGGAAUGGAAGCUAAGAAGUGGUAA